AUCGGGUCGAGAAGGGUUGUUUGGUGUUAUCUGUAGUAUUUUGUCGUCCCUGUACUCUGGACCUGUUGUGACUUUUCUCGUGCACAAUGAGCAGCGAUACGGGAAGUGGAAGUGAAAGUUCUGGAUCGAGCACCAGCGAUGGAGCCACGAAGCCGAUCGUGCAAAACGCUAUCGGUGAUCGCGCCCAACGAGAGUAUCGCGAAGAAAUAGUCAAAGAUAUGGCCAUCGAGAAAAUGAAGGAGAAAAUGGAUAAAAUUGUCACGAAGCUAGGCAAGGACAUCGAGCAGAAGAUGGACAUUGCGGUGGAUGACCUGUUUGCGGAGGUGAAGCAGUUCAAUCUGAAAAAUUACGAACUCAAGCAACUGUUCAACGAAAAGUCCGCCGAAGGAGUGAAGCGUGGCCAUCACGGGGGACGGAAAGGUGCGCGAUCGGAUGGCAAGCUGCCGGAGAAGGAGUUCAUUGCCCGGAACUCUCUGCUGACGGACCUGUUCGAAGUGAAGCACAUUAAAACGAUUUAUCACAUUUUCGUCGUCAUCCUGAUCAUCCUGUUCCUCAAUACGGUCGUGCACGAUUUCGUUGACACGGGAAGCAUCAAUCUUGGAUUCCGACCGAUUGUUGCUGGGUUUGGAAAGUUUCACAUCGCCCUCAUGCUGUGGUCCUGUAUGCAAGUGUCCACCUUUCUCCUGUAUCCCUGCUUCCGGUUGUGGGCGGCCGGCCGUGAAAAGGUCGCGCAAGCUUCCAGUGUUCGAAAGCUGUGGGACAUCGUCGCCCUCGGUAUGUUCGUUUCGUACCAGUGUGCGUUUGUUGUGCUCUCCAUCAAGGGUCUGCUGUGGCAUGAUCUGCCGCCUGCGUCUUCCACUGCCUACCUCAUGGAAAUGACACGCUUCCUGAUGAAGGCGCACGCCUUCAUACGCAGCAAUGCACCGCGUGCUCUAGCCGCGGGGGCAGCGAAAAAACACUCAGAGUCGAAACCUACCAAUCCCGACACGUUUCGUACCGGGCUACCGUCCUUUGGGAAGUACACUUACUUCCUGUUUGCACCGACACUCGUCUACCGGGACGAGUAUCCGCGUACGAAACAAAUCCGUUGGCGGAUCGUCGCCCGCCAUGCGCUAGAGGUGGUCGGCGUCAUCUUCUACAUCAGCUUCAUACUGGAGCGCUUCCUUGCGCCACUGUUUGAAAAGUUUGGCCACGCCAAGAUCAGUUCCGGGAGUUUUGUUUUGUCUCUGUUCGGUAGCAUCAUGCCCGGGUCGCUGUCGUUCCUGUGCGCCUUCUACUGCUUGUUGCACGCGUGGAUGAACGGAAGUGCCGAGUUGCUGCGCUUCGCGGACCGGAUGUUCUACCGUGACUGGUGGAAUGAGUCCACGUUCGCCGGCUACAUUCGAUCGUGGAAUGUGGUGGUUCACGACUGGCUCUACACGUACGUGUACAAGGAUUGUGUGGAAAAUGUGUUCCGCAUCUGCCGACCGUUGGCGACCGUGGCCGUGUUCACCCUGUCCGCGGUGUUUCAUGAAGUGAUCCUGGCGUUCAGCUUCCGGUUCUUCUACCCGGUCAUGUUUGUGCAGUUCGAGUUUAUGGGUUUGCUGUUGAUGUUUGUGACGCGCGGGUUGGGCAAGGAUGUCGGUAACGUUCUGCUGUGGCUCAUGUUGUCCAUCGGGAAUGGACUGCAUCUGAGCUUGUACAACAUGGAGUACUACGCCCGCCGUAACUGCCCGGAUAUUGGCAAUUCGGUAGUUGCCUACCUUGUGCCCGUAUCGUGGAGUUGUAAUGGUAUUUCGCAUAACCCCAACUGGACCAUAACAGCACCGUGGAGCAUGGCUUAAGGAUGAUAGACGACGAACCGGAAGACUGAUUAGUGUAGGGUAAUUUAGACGCGUUCCAAGCGGCGAUAGCAAUACGUUUACGGUGACCCCAAAUAGACAAUAUCGUAAAAAAAAUAAUGA